UCCAAACUGGACGGACUCAUUUGACCGGAUACCAAUCUCGACGACGAGCACCACCGCUAGAGAGCCAGCCAGAGCUAGCCACACCUCGCGAUCCCAAGCACGAGCAGCAGCUCCGAUCCGAAGCCGCCCCCCUCCUGCUACGCGUGUGGUGAGAUCCCGCACGGGCCGGGCCUCGAUGGGAUCGCGGCCCCUCCUGGCGGCCCUCGUCGCGGCGGCGCUGCUGGCCGGGGCGCUGGCCGCGACGGAGGAGGCCUACGUCACGCUGCUCUACGGCGACGAGUUCGUCCUCGGCGUGCGUGUUCUUGGCAAGUCCAUCCGCGACACCGGCACGAGCCGCGACAUGGUCGUGCUCGUCUCCGACGGCGUCUCCGAGUACUCGCGGGAUCUCCUCCAGGCUGAUGGUUGGAUCGUGAAGCAUAUAACUUUACUGGCUAACCCUAACCAAGUGAGACCAACGAGGUUUUGGGGUGUCUAUACAAAGCUUAAGAUAUUCAACAUGACAGACUACAAAAAAGUUGUGUAUCUUGAUGCAGACACUAUAGUUGUAAAAAGUAUCGAGGAUGUUUUCAAGUGUGGGAAGUUCUGUGGGAACUUGAAGCACUCAGAAAGAAUGAAUUCCGGAGUGAUGGUUGUAGAGCCAUCUGAAACUCUUUUCAAGGAUAUGAUGGACAAAGUAGACCGGUUGCCUUCCUACACUGGAGGGGACCAAGGCUUCCUUAAUUCAUAUUAUGCUGAUUUUGCUAACUCCCGUGUGUAUGAGCCAGACUCACCUUUAACACCAGAACCUGAGACACAACGCCUUUCUACCUUGUAUAAUGCUGAUGUUGGACUUUACAUGCUUGCCAACAAGUGGAUGGUCGAUGCGAAGGAACUUAGAGUUAUUCACUACACACUAGGUCCUCUUAAACCCUGGGACUGGUGGACAGCUUGGCUCGUAAAACCUGUGGAAAUAUGGCAGGAUAUUAGGCAAAAACUUGAAGAAUCUCUUCCGGGAACUGGUGGGGGAAGGAACCCUCAUGACCAACUGGUGGUCAAAUUUUUAUUCAUUAUUCCCUUCUGCCUGCUGUUAUUUGGUUAUUACCAAUCGUGUUUUCAGAACAAUAAGGAGUUUCUAAGUGUGCAGUCUUUAUGUGCAUUUGCUAGAAGAGGCCGUCACAAAUACAAGUCUGAAGAGGCACUUCCAUCUUAUUCAGCUGUUGGUGUUUCAUCAUCUACAUUUUCUAAUUCAAAUCAAAGAUUCGCAAAUGGGCCAUAUUUGAAGCUGCCUUCUUAUUUCGGGGUGAUUGCUGUGCUAGUCUGUUUUAUGUCUGCUGGUGUCUCUCUUGCCUUUGCUUUCACCAUCAUUCCACGACAAAUUAUGCCAUGGACAGGCUUGCUACUGAUGGUUGAGUGGACCUUUGUGGCAUUCUUCUUACUGUUUGGUAGCUAUCUCCGCUUUGUCUAUCGAUGGGGAAGUAUUAGUGCAAAUCAUGUGGGAUAUAGCAAUUCUGAUUCAUCAGAGAAUCGUGCCGGUACAGGCCAUCAGCGCAAUAUGUCUGACUGUGAUGUGGAGGUGACAUUUUACUGGGCAGGGAUGGCAGUCAUAGCUAUUGCUACUGUAUUUUCACCAACUAUCUUGGGCAUAACUGCGUUAUUUACAAAGCUAGGGUUGAUGGUUGUUGGUGGUGUCGUGCUGGCAUCUUUUAUGACAUAUGCUUCGGAGCAUCUUGCUAUCUCAGCCUUCUACAAGGGUCAGAAAGAUAGGAGUGGGUCGAGAACUAGAAGAAUUUGUUUUCUGUGUUUGUAGCAAGUUUGUACCUAAAGUUGUUGAUUAGUUCAUGUUGUUGUACAUUUUUUGCACGAGAAAAUUUUGGUGGUUCCUUUGACACAGAUUCCAUUUGUAACACUGAUGUAAUCAAAGGUACAUAGAUUCCAACGUUGUUGCUGCUGUGUGUAGCUAAAAGCAGACCUGUAAAUGUAAAGCUUAUUGUCUAUAAAACACUUACCGCCUUUUGCUCGUUGCA